CCCGGUGUCAAAGCUGAAGUGCAGAGACAUUUUCCAGUUGUUGAAACUCCUGAUGCAAUAACUGGAUUUGAAUGUCGUCCCGCCUUUCACAGCUAAAUGAUGGCGUUUUCUAUAUGCUCGAGACAAUCAUAUCUUCAUACUCCGUUCGUACGUAGCACGUACCGGACAUUUGUGCUUUCCACGAGUAUCUUGCAUGUAGCUGAUUACACACGAAGUCGACCAUGAACCCGAUCCAGCCGAGCGCUACCAUACCGACAUGGCUUUCGUUAAGAUCGAGAAAUUGCCAUCAAAUACAUCGAAUCUCCUUUCGCCAGUGUUACUCGCGAGUUGUGGGGUUCCUUAUCCCGCACUCGAAGGCGGAGGCCAAUGGAGAAGAGUGUCGUGCAAACUCAACACUAUCCAGGCUAGUCUCAGUGGGGGGCUGGAUUGAUUGCCUUGUAGUGUUCGGAUGCUCCAUUGAUGUGUGGACAUGGGAGCGUAGCAACAAUAUUCGACUUGCUUUGAUUAGAAUGGAUGGGCUCAGAACCAAUGUCAGUCUGACUUGUGGUAGGCCGUUGAAUCAGUCGACAAAUAUACAUUGC